AUGGACCGACGAUACUUCAAACCAAAGCAACAAGUUUCGAGCACCAAGGUUGCGAUUCGUGGACGACAUCGAUCACAAUCACCACCAAGAUCAACCCGUCACUUUACGAACCUGAAGCCACUUACAUACGAACCUUUGAGAACAUCGCGCUCGAUUAGAGUAGUCCAGAUUCUCAAAUUUAACGAGGAAAACCUCGAGAUCUUUGCGACACUAAACCAGGUAGUACUGGGCGACACUGAAAAGACAACUACGAAGUAUGCUGCUUUGUCCUACACAUGGGGUCAUCCAGUCACAUCUACGGAGCAAUGGGGGCCAUACAGUGUCAAGCCUGAGAAGACGAUCGCCAAAGCGAAGCUCAUCUUGGUCCAGCCCGGAGACUAUCGUCGCGUGUCAAGCGACGACAAUUUCAUCAGCGACUGUACCUGGGUCGACUCAUCGCGGCUCUCAGAGUACGAGAUGACUGAGAACCUAUCUGACUUUCUUCUAAGCUUGACGAGUCGAUCCGAGGAACGCGGUGCACACAUACCUCACGUUUGGAUCGAUGCCGUCUGCAUAGACCAGACGAACCCUCAAGAAAAGGCCGUCCAGAUCCCACUCAUGGGUGAGAUCUAUGCGCAGUCUUCAGCGGUCUACAUCUGGCUAGGGAAGCACGAUCGAGACCUCCAGGGUCUGUACUGGAUAUACAGAGAGCUGUUGCCGGCAAUCAGAGAGCAUCAGAAACAAAUGUCCUCAUUUCAGGAGUUUUUCAAGUGGCUUCAGUCGUAUGGACCCGGCGAUGAACGACUCCUGGUAGAUCUUGGGCUCAAGCUCGAGGAUACCUCGCUGAAGAAUCAGUGGAUCACAUAUCUCAUGUUCUUCGCGACAAGGUGCUGGUUCUUCAGGGCUUGGACCUUGCAGGAGGCUGUGGUCGCCAGCAACCCUGUCUUUGUUGUUGGAAACGACUUCCAUGUCUUGAGCUGGGCUGAUACCUGGGAUUUGAGAAGAAUCGUCCAGGCCUGGAGCAACGGUCUAUCAGAACUCACAAUGCACAACAAAAAGCUUGCUCCCGAGUUGAGAGGCAUUCGUCUCAUUCGAGGCUGGACUGAGAUAUUUCCCCUUCGAAGUACCUUCUCGAGCUGCCUCCGAGCUGAAAGUCGGGAGCAAUGGGUUCAGACAUGGUCAUUAUUGCUCUUUAUCGCCACGUCAAAGGACUGCACUGUGACGGUCGACAGAGUCUACUCGACCUUUGGCAUGGCCAAGAUGAUUUGCCCACCAGAAGCCAGCGGAUUCCCAGAAGUUGACUUUUCACGGUCUGCCGCCGAAGUCUUUACAAAUGUCGCCCAGUUCCUGCUGUGCAACAGUGGAGGUCUGAGUCUGCUGUCUCUCGUUACAGAUCAGACAUUUAUCAAAACGACUGGUAUGCCUUCUUGGGUGCCAGACUUUGCCAUCAAAGGAGAUCAAGGCCACUUACUUUCCUCCGUAACAAAGUUCAAAGCCUCUGCUGGUAUUCCUGUAGAGCCUCUACCUCGUCACAACGGUGAUUGCAUUACUUUCCGGGGGAAAAGGGCCGGCAAGAUUGCAUUCAUUCCGCCUAAUUAUGGCAAGUUCAGCCCUUUUGCGCUUCAAGUUGCUCUCUGCAUUCCUCAUCUGCCCGAAAGGUACCCGGCAAGUACCGCGGAUAGCGCUGAAGCUCUGUGGAGGACUUUGAUAUACGACUUGGGCGAGACUCCCACCACAUCUACGGGGGCAGCCGCCGAAGGAGGAGCUGAUCCAAAACAUGCACAAGGCUUCAAGCAGUGGUUCACAAUUGACUUGACGACAUAUCUCAAUAGAGAUGGGCAUGGCUUGGAAAGACACGAGAGCCGCGAAUUCGGCUCCAUCCUUUCGUCCGACUUUCAAAAAGCUCAUAGCGAGCUCAUUCCAUCCCUGGAUGAAAUCCAUCACAUCGUUCACUACAUACUGGCACACCCGCAACUGGGGCACCCAUCGCAGUUCCAAGGGCCACUCGGCAGGUCAUACCACACUUUGAUGACUCCUAUCAUUAUGAACAGACGACUGUUUGUUACUGAUCAAGGGUUUAUCGGAUUGGCAAAGUUAUCGGCUCGCAUAGGCGACGAAGUUUGGGUCCUUGCUGGUGGUAGGGUUCCCUACAUCAUGAGACCGAUAGAGGAUGCUAAGAGGUUCUCGCUGGUUGGGGAUGCUUAUGUACACGGUCUGAUGGAUGGGAGUUGGUCUGUCACGAGUCACGCGACUGUUGAGGAUGUUCAGGUUGUGUGA